UGAUUUGCACAUUUGUCAACGACAAAUGGACCGUCCUUCCAACUUCUUUCGAACAAGCCUUAAGAAAACAAACAACUAGCCCAAAUUCAACCUCUAGACGUCUCCAAAAUGAACAAACUAUCCGACAAGUUGUCCUCAAUCGGGGGCCAGAAAAAGGCCUCUAGCGAAGAUGACCAGAGCCUCGUUACUAUCCUCGAGACCCGGGAGCUACGCGGCGAGUUGACUCUGCUUGUCGCCAACUGUACCGAGUCACAGCGCAAGACCAUCACCGAUGCGUUCGACGCCAGUCUCGUCGGGCAGCCCGCGGACACGGAGGCAGAACUCAAGGUUGACGAGACGAAGCCAAACCCCAACGUGGACCUGGCGAAUGCAGACGCUGACGCUCUGGAGAAGCAACGGAAAAAACAGAAGACGCGGGAGAAGGAACUGAGUGCACCGAAGAUGCAGGAGCUGAAGUCUGCUGCACUUGAGUUCUUUGAUGAGUGGAGAGAAUCGGUGCUGCUUCGUGUGGGCGAUGUUGUAAAUUCGAGGGAGACAGCAUCAGACCAGAAAAAUAAGGCGAUCGCAUCCUCGCCUCCGAAGCGAAGCACACAGACUCGAAAAGUUGGAGAAGAGGACGAAGCGGCCGGUACGGUGCUGAGGGAGCUAUAUCCGCCAGUCUCAACCCCUUUGGCUGAACUGGAGGAGGCAAAGAGAGUGCUGGUACUGCAUUCUAUGCUUCUGCUGCUGCUGAGUUUGGAACAUUACUCCAGUCACUCACGCAUCUUGAUGCUGUAUCUGACGAGUAGCCUGAGGCUGCCCCUUCGCUAUUUGACAGAAGAUGAGACCAAAGUGGCAACGGGACUGUUGGAAGCUGCGAAGCAAAUGAACGCAGACGAAGAGACGAAGAAAAAGGCAGAGGAGAACGCUACGAGCAGGAAGUGGAAGGUUGGCUUGGCCUCCGUUGCUGGUGCGGCCCUCAUUGGUGUUACGGGCGGAUUGGCUGCUCCUUUGCUAGCCGCCGGUGUCGGUACCGUAAUGGGUGGUCUUGGUCUCGGCGCUACCGCUGCAGCCGGUUAUUUGGGCACGCUCGCCGGAAGCACCGUUCUCGUCGGUGGCCUCUUUGGCGCAUAUGGUGGGAAGAUGACAGGCAAAAUGGUGGACGCAUACGCAGCAGAAGUAACCGAUUUCGGCUUCGUCCCCCUCGGACGUCACAGGGCGAUGAAGAACGAAAAGGAAAACCGUAGACUUCGCGUCGCCAUCGGCAUCUCUGGCUGGCUGACAGAGAAGGGAGACAUCGUCGCACCCUGGCGAGUCAUCGACAACGGGAUCGAGGGAUUUGCGCUGCGCUUUGAGCUGGCAGCGCUGAUGAAUCUCGGCAACGCAAUCACCACGAUGGUCAAGAGUGCGGCAUGGGGCUUCGCUAAGAAGGAAAUUAUCAAGCGGACUGUGUUUGCCAGCUUGUCGGCCGCCCUGUGGCCCAUUGGCCUUCUGAAAAUUUCACGUGUUGUCGACAACCCAUUCAGCGUUGCCAAAGCCAAAGCCGACAAGGCGGGAGAGGUACUCGCAGAUGCGAUCAUCAACAAGGCGCAGGGCGAGCGGCCCGUCACACUCAUAGGAUACAGCCUGGGCGCCCGUGUUAUCUACACGUGUCUCCAGAGUCUCGCCCAACGUAAAGCGUUCGGCCUCGUCGAAAGCGUUGUGCUGCUCGGCGCACCGACGCCCUCGACGGGAGCUGAUUGGCGACGCUUGCGCGCCGUGGUAAGCGGUCGCGUUGUCAACGUAUACAGCACAGAUGACUACGUUCUUGGUUUCCUGUACCGCACCAGCAGCAUCCAGUACGGCAUUGCUGGUCUGCAGAAGGUGAGCGGUGUGCAGGGUAUCGAGAAUGUCGACGUCAGUGAGCUGGUCAGCGGACACACACGCUACCGUUACUUGACAGGUCAGAUUCUGAAGAAGAUUGGCUUCGAAGACGUCGACCUUGUACAGGCAGACAGAGAGGCUGAGCAGAUGCGGGCCGAGGAGGCGAAGGAAGAAAAGCAGGGCGAAGAGGGCACCAAGGACCCCGAGCUAGAGGCACUAGAGAUGGAGCAGGAGGUGGAACAGAAGAGCAAGAAGGGUUUGAUGGGAUGGACGAAGGAUAAGUUGAGUUUGAGCUCUGGAGGCGCUGCGGGCGACAUCGGUACGGUUGGCGGCGCACUCUUCUAGAUUCGGGCGCGUUUGAUGCUCGAUGACCGUUAUGUCAGAGCAUACUGUUGGCAAACGGCUCAUGGCAAGCACGAAAAACUGUGAAGGCGAAAGUAGAUCCUUAAAAACACGUAUGUGGUAUAUCAAGUUUCAGGUAUCUCACUCAACACACAUCGCCAG